AUGUCUAAACGAUUAAAAAUAUUCCUCUUUCCAUUAUACUACCUUAUAUAUCUGGCAAAUUUAGCAGAUUGUGCUGGAGUUAUUUCGCAUCUAACAUUUUUAGCAAGAGCCACUCCAAAGUAUUUUGAAGAAUACUCUCCUUGGUAUAAAGCAGGUGCCUUUUUCCCAGAUGCUCUUUAUUCCUGUAACAACAAUAAGCAAUGGACUGAUUUUGCAGAAGCUAGCCAUUGGCCGCCUUUUUUAUUAAAUGGGAUAAAACUUUGGAAAGCUAAAUAUGGGUAUAAUGAACAAGUUCGAAGUUCACAGGAUUCUAAAAAAUUACAAGCUUUUUUAACCGGUGUCUUGACACAUCAAAUUUCUGACACGUCGUGGCAUUCCUUAGUGGAUAACUAUAGAGACCAUGGCCUAAUCAAAGUUUUAAGUGAACUUGAAUUUCAGGGUAAUAUUGAUAAAGCUCAUAAUUUUGUGGAUUUUUUUGGAGAUUUUGUUGAAUUGAAUAGUGUUAUUCGUAAAAUUGAUCAAGAAAAUUGGGAUCAUUAUACUAAUACAAACUGGUCUUUACCAAAGGAGAAUGAUAUAAUGGAAUUAUUAGAUAUGAACGGACUUUCCCGAAAACAGAUUACAUAUAAUGAAUUAAAAAUGUGUGUAAUUCAACGAGGUUUGGUUGCCUCAAAAAGUGAAAUGUUAACUGUUUCAAACAAAAACCAUUUACCCUUAAAAUUAGCAUAUAAUUCUUGCCCAAGGAUAAGAAAUUUUUUGCAAGAUCAUUGGAUGGGAGGUGGAUUGGAUAUUAUUUCCAUGAUUAGAAAUUGUGUAACCCAAUUUGAAUUAUUAUUCCGUACUGAAUUUAUAGAAGACUCGCAAUUUCUCGAUACGAUACAAUUUUGCCAGAAUUUGCCAACGGUUCAUAAUAAUGAAGCUUCUUCAUUUCAUAUUACAACUGCCUUAAAUAAUAGAAUCCAUAUAUCACCUGAUAACUUAGAACCUUCUAAUUUUGGAGAAAGUUUAUCAUUUGGUGAUUUUGAAAAUGAUAAUAAGCCAUAUUUGGCUAUCAGUGCCCCUUUGCAGGAUUUAACGGGGAAAGUUUACCUUUUACCAUGGGAUCAAGUUCAAAGCCUAUAUAGCAUAAAAUCUAAGCAUAUAUUAAAUAUUAAAAAGACGGAACCUGUUAUGGGGAUGAAGGGGAAAUAUUUGGACAAAAUUUUGUUGGAUUCCAAAACCUUUUUGCUAAUAUCAGAACCAGGUUCUAAUUCAGUUUCAUUCUAUAAUAAUGGUAGAGUUCAUCUUACAAUUACUGAUGAUAGCCCUUUUGUACAUCAAUUAAAAAUUGGUGGAGUAGGUCAUAUAGAUGAUGAUAGAAUACCAGAUUUAGUUUUAAGAUCUGAAUAUUAUGGUGAUAAGGAAACAGGAAAACUGAUCAUUGUACCAUCUAGCAGUUUUAUGGAAUAUAUUGCAAAAAAUGGUCUAAGCAAAGAUGAGAAGGAAAAAAAUCUAAAUUUAGCAGAUUUACAUACUAUAUCAUUAAAUGGAUCACCUUAUUCAUAUCCUUAUCAGCAUUUUGGUUCAGCAGUAGCUAUAACAGAUAGGUAUUUAUACGUUGCAAUUCAAAAUUUAGGAAUUGUAUAUGCCUAUCAGCUAACUGGGUUAUCACAGGAUUCUUUACCCAAAUAUUAUAUUAAGCAACAAAAAAUAUAUUUGAAUAAAAAAGGUUCUUCACGCGUAUUUAAACUUGAAAAUUCAAAAACCCAUAGAAUGUUUGGCAAAGUUAUAAAAUCAUGGGAAUAUAAUGGCCAAGUUUAUAUUGCAGUAUCACAGCAUUUACUUAAUAAAGUUUUCAUUUAUAAAGAAAAUGGGCCUACCCUACAAUUUUUAAUAGAAUUAAAACUUUUUACAUUAUCAGAAACUUUUCCUAUGAGUGUAGAAUUUGGAAAUCAAUUUGAAUAUUGUAAAAGCUCAAAUGUUAUUUAUAUCUCAGCACCUGGCUCUUUUGAUAAUCUAGGUGCAAUUUGGAAAAUAUCAAUGGCUGACUUAAUAAAAGAAAUAGAGGAGAAGCAUUCUAGGUCCAUCAUAAUGAGAUCUCUGAGAUAUUUACAUAUGAUUAAUCCUCAAUAUAAUUCCUCUGGUUAUUCGAAUUUUGGAAAAAGUUUAUUAGUAAAUGAUGAAGGAACUUUAUUUAUCGGUGUUCCAAACUUUAAUUAUGGUCACUUAUAUUCUAAUCAAUUAACUGGAGAGGUAAUUAUUGAUCAAAAAUAG